UUUCCAACGGUUCAUCUUCGUCGAACGCUUAUCCCUUUACCCUCGUCCUCUUCUCUCCUUCGCCAAUGGCGUCCUCUUCGCUCUCCUCCUCGUCCUUCUCCUCCGCUCCCCCAUCCUCCUCUCGCUCCUCCGCUCACCUCCUUCGCACUCCACCUCUCCUCCUCCAUAUCCACCGAUCCCCGCUCCUCCGCCCUUCUCCUCCCCGUCCCUCGCGCCCGCUCCGCGCUCCGCCGUUGAAGCCACUCGCGAAGCGCUCAGAUGGCGCCUCCUUCGGGAUCGACCCCAGGGCCGGGGUUGCCGUGUACAAGCCCCGGUCGUACGAGGUCCUCGUCGCCGACGCGGCGCGGUCCCUCGUCUACGCCCUCGACGAUGGGAAGACGCGUCUCGAGAUCGAGUUCCCGCCCUUACCAAGCAAUAUAUCUUCUUACAAGGGUUCUUCAGAUGAAUUUAUUGAUGCUAAUAUCCAGCUGGCCCUUGCAAUAGUAAGGAACUUGCAAGAGAUGAAAGGAAUCAGGUCUUGCAUUGUGUUUCCUGAUCAGCCAGAAAAGCGCCGGGCUUCUCAGUUAUUUCGGACAGCUCUUGAAACAAUUGGUGGUGUAACUAUUGCUUCUUUGGAUGAUAUACCUGGCGGGCCUGUGAGUAAUUUCUUCAAAUCUGUGAGAAGAACGUUGGAUUUUGAUUUUGCAGAUGAAAAUGAAGAUCGUUGGAAGUCUGAUGAACCACCAUCAUUGUAUAUCUUCAUCAAUUGUAGUACACGCGAUCUUUCUACUAUAGAGAAGUAUGUGGACAAUUUUGCUUCAUCUGUCCCAGCUCUUCUUUUUAACCUCGAACUAGACACCUUACGCUCUGACUUGGGCCUACUAGGAUUUCCCACCAAAGAUUUGCAUUACCGCUUUCUUUCUCAGUUUAUCCCUGUAUUCUACAUUCGAACAAGAGAGUACUCCAAGACAGUUCCAGUAGCACCCUUCAUUGUGAACUAUAGUGGUGCUCUAUUCCGUCGGUUCCCAGGGCCUUGGCAAGUCAUGCUUAAACAGGCUGAUGGUUCCUAUGCUUGUGUUGCAGAAAGCGCAGCUAGAUUUACAUUGGGAGAGACUAAAGAAGAACUUUUAAGGGUUCUGGGAUUGCAAGAAGAACGAGGGAGCUCAUUGGAAUUUCUCAGAAGGGGAUACAAGAAUGCUACAUGGUGGGAAGAGGACACUGAUUUGGAGUUCUCUUCUGCUUGGAGGAGUUGAGAAACUAUAGCUUGGUAUGCAUCAUCAUCGACCGAUCGGCGUAUAAUUGGUGAUAUUUUCACGAAAGGAAAUGUGGCUUCUGAGUUGGUUGAGGUCGCGAAAAUAGGGCAAUAGGCAAUAGAGUGAUUCUCUUAUGCCAAAGUUUGUCCUUUGUUGUUCAUUUUCACAAUACUGCUUUGUAUUACAAAAUGUUUUGGAUAAAUUGUUUAGUUCCAAGCCUUUCAAACUUGCAUUGUAAAUUCAAAUGUAUUGUUUAGUUUUAUAGUGCUUCUCAGUGAAAGGGUUGGGUUUCCAGCGAUGUUUAACAUUGAAUGAUAAAUGCUAGAUUACACAUUGGGCUCUCAAACUUUAAAUUGUUGUAAUUUCUUGGCUCAA